AUGGCCUUGAAGAUCCCUGUAGGACCCAGGGCUCGUUGUCCUACAGGGAUAUUCGGUCCGAUCUCCGACUGCUCUUUUCCUCCACCAACCACCAACUUCCAACUCGAUCACCCAUCGAUCGACCCAGACCCACCCAACGCCACUCACCCGAGCACCCGAGGAACACCCGAGCACCCCGAGCUACCCCUGAACCCCCAAAUCCCGCAAAUCCCUAGUAAACACACGCACGCUAACAACAAGACCACCAAGCUUAGCUUGGCAGUUAUAUUUAUCGUGAUAGAGGAUAGUUCAAGAUGA